AUGAGGAGCUCCGCCUACUUGCCAUUGGGUAUUGCUGUGAUCGUAAUUUUGGUACUGUCCACAGCCAUGGAGGCUGAAGCCAUCCGACUGGACGCAGAGACCCGCGCAUCAGUCAGCAACAGCAGCAGCCAAAUGACCAUUAAUGUAAGUGAUACUAACGUGAUUUGCUUAUUCAAUGCUGUCACGGGUCCUGUCAGCGAGACGAAGAGGAGCGUGGACGUUGCUGUGAAAGAAGUCAGAGCGGUGGCACACAAGCUGCCGGAGUUCCACGAGGACUACUAA